AUGUGUUCCAGGACCUUCUCUGAGAGCUUCCACAGCCUGUGUCCAGAGAAGCCAUGGGUCACCAAGCUCAGCUCUGCUGGUUUAAUUUACUUUCACUUUGGACGAAGACUUCUGUCUGAGCUCACACAGCUGAAGGACCAGCGCCACCUGGAGGUGCUCUAUGACAAACUUUAUGAGAACUUUGUGGAAGAAGUGGACGCUGUGGACAACGGCAUCUCUCAGUGCGACGGAGACGCCCGCUACGCCGUCACCACCACGCUCAGCUGCAGGGUCGGCCACCUCAACCCCCGAUGGAACAGCCACAGCCAGGACACGGAGGAAGGUUUUAAGAAAGCCAUGGUUCUGGUCGGGGCAGAGUUCCUGGACCGUUUGGACUAUUAUCAGUUUGGAUGGUUACCUGCUCGUGCUGUGGUGGAGGAGGCCGUCACCAACAGACUCAAGGAGCUAAAGGGCCAGGAGCUAAAGGGCCAGGAGCUAAAGGGCCGGGAGCUAAAGGGUCGGGAGCUACAGAAGCUAAAGGGCCGGGAGCUAAAGGGUCGGGAGCUACAGGAGCUAAAGGGCCAGGAGCUAAAGGGCCAGGAGCUAAAGGGCCAGGAGCUAAAGGGCCAGGAGCUAAAGGGCCAGGAGCUAAAGGGCCGGGAGCUAAAGGGUCGGGAGCUACAGAAGCUAAAGGGCCGGGAGCUAAAGGGUCGGGAGCUAAAGAGUCGGGAGCUAAAGGGUCGGGAGCUAAAGGGCCGGGAGCUAAAGGGACGGGAGCUACAGGAGCUAAAGGGUCGGGAGCUAAAGGGCCGGGAGCUAAAGGGCCGGGAGCUAAAGGGCCGGGACCUAAAGGGUCGGGAGCUAAAGGGCCGGGAGCUAAAGGGUCGGGAGCUACAGGAGCUAAAGGGUCGGGAGCUAAAGGGCCGGGAGCUAAAGGGCCGGGAGCUAAAGGGCCGGGAGCUAAAGGGUCGGGAGCUAAAGGGCCGGGAGCUAAAGGGUCGGGAGCUACAGGAGCUAAAGGGCCGGGAGCUAAAGGGCCGGGAGCUAAAGGGCCGGGAGCUAAAGGGCCGGGAGCUAAAGGGCCGGGAGCUUAAGGGCCGGGAGCUAAAGGGCCGGGAGCUACAGGAGCUAAAGGGCCAGGAGCUAAAAGCUAAAGGGCCGGGAGCUAAAGAGUCGGGAGCUAAAGGGCCAGGAGCUAAAGGGCCGGGAGCUAAAGACCAGGAGCUUAAGGGCCAGGAGCUUAAGAGCCGGGAGCUAAAGGGCCAGGAGCUUAAGGGCCGGGAGCUACAGGAGCUAAAGGGCUGGGAGCUAAAGGGCCGGGAGCUAAAGGGGCCGGGAGCUACAGGAGCUAAAGGGCUGGGAGCUAAAGGGCCGGGAGCUAAAGGGUCGGGAGCUACAGAAGCUAAGGGCCAGGAGCUAAAGGGUCGGGAGCUACAGGAGCUAAAGGGUCAGGAGCUAAAGGGCCGGGAGCUACAGGAGCUAAAGGGCCGGGAGCUACAGGAGCUAAAGGGCUGGGAGCUACAGGAGCUAAAGGGCUGGGAGCUACAGGAGCUAAAGGGCCGGGAGCUACAGGAGCUAAAGGGCUGGGAGCUACAGGAGCUAAAGGGCUGGGAGCUACAGGAGCUAAAGGGCUGGGAGCUACAGAAGCUAAAGGGUCAGGAGCUAAAGGGCCGGGAGCUACAGGAGCUAAAGGGCUGGGAGCUACAGGAGCUAAAGGGCUGGGAGCUACAGAAGCUAAAGGGCCGGGAGCUAAAGGGCCGGGAGCUAAAGGGCCGGGAGCUAAAGGGUCGGGAGCUACAGGGCCGGGAGCUAAAGGGUCGGGAGCUAAAGGGUCGGGAGCUAAAGGGUCGGGAGCUAAAGGGCCAGGAGCUACAGGAGCUAAAGGGCUGGGAGCUACAGGAGCUAAAGGGCUGGGAGCUACAGGAGCUAAAGGGCUGGGAGCUAAAGGGCCGGGAGCUAAAGGGCCGGGAGCUAAAGGGUCGGGAGCUACAGGAGCUAAAGGGCCGGGAGCUAAAGGGUCAGGAGCUAAAGGGUCGGGAGCUAAAGAGUCGGGAGCUAAAGGGCCGGGAGCUAAAGGGUCGGGAGCUAAAGGGCCAGGAGCUAAAGGGUCAGGAGCUAAAGGGCCAGGAGCUAAAGGGCCAGGAGCUAAAGGGUCAGGAGCUAAAGGAUCGGGAGCUAAAGGGUCAGGAGCUAAAGAGCCGGGAGCUAAAGGAUCGGGAGCUACAGGAGCUAAAGGGUCGGGAGCUAAAGGGUCAGGAGCUAAAGGGUCGGGAGCUAAAGGGCCAGGAGCUAAAGAGCCAGGAGCUAAAGGGUCAGGAGCUAAAGGAUCGGGAGCUAAAGGCUAAAGGGCCGGGAGCUAAAGGCCGGGAGCUAAAGGGCCGGGAGCUAAAGGGCCAGGAGCUAAAGGGUCAGGAGCUAAAGGGCCAGGAGCUAAAGGGCCAGGAGCUAAAGGGUCGGGAGCUAAAGGGCCAGGAGCUAAAGGGUCAGGAGCUACAGGAGCUAAAGGGCCAGGAGCUAAAGGAUCGGGAGCUACAGGAGCUAAAGGGCCAGGAGCUAAAGGGCCGGGAGCUAAAGGGCCGGGAGCUAAAGAGCCGGGAGCUAAAGCGCCGGGAGCUAAAGGAUCGGGAGCUACAGGAGCUAAAGGGCCAGGAGCUAAAGGGCCAGGAGCUAAAGGGCCAGGAGCUUAAGGGCCGGGAGCUUAAGGGCCAGGAGCUAAAGGGCCGGGAGUUACAGGAGCUAAAGGGUCAGGAGAUAAAGGGUCAGGAGCUAAAGGGCCGGGAGCUAAAGGGUCGGGAGCUAAAGGGUCGGGAGCUAAAGGGCCGGGAGCUAAAGGACCAGGAGCUAAAGGGCCAGGAGCUAAAGGAUCGGGAGCUACAGGAGCUAAAGGGCCAGGAGCUAAAGGGUCAGGAGCUAAAGGGCCAGGAGCUAGGGCCAGGAGCUAAAGGGCCAGGAGCUAAAGGGCCAGGAGCUAAAGGGCCGGGAGCUAAAGGGCCAGGAGCUAAAGGGCCAGGAGCUACAGGAGCUAAAGGGUCAGGAGCUAAAGGGUCAGGAGCUAAAGGGUCAGGAGCUAAAGGGUCGGGAGCUAAAGGGUCGGGAGCUAAAGGGUCGGGAGCUAAAGGGCCGGGAGCUAAAGAGCCAGGAGCUAAAGGGCCGGGAGCUAAAGGGCCGGGAGCUAAAGGGCCAGGAGCUAAAGGGCCAGGAGCUAAAGGGCCAGGAGCUAAAGGGCCAGGAGCUAAAGGGCCAGGAGCUAAAGGGCCAGGAGCUAAAGGGCCGGGAGCUAAAGGGCCGGGAGCUAAAGGGCCGGGAGCUAAAGGGCCAGGAGCUACAGGAGCUAAAGGGUCAGGAGCUAAAGGGUCAGGAGCUAAAGGGUCAGGAGCUAAAGGGUCAGGAGCUAAAGGGUCAGGAGCUAAAGAGCCAGGAGCUAAAGGCCGGGAGCUAAAGGGCCGGAAGCUAAAGGGUCGGGAGCUAAAGGGCCAGGAGCUAAAGGGCCAGGAGCUAAAGGGCCAGGAGCUAAAGGCCGAGGAGCUAAAGAGCCAGGAGCUAAAGGGUCAGGAGCUAAAGAGCCAGGAGCUAAAGGGCCAGGAGCUAAAGAGAGCUAAAGGGCUGGGAGCUAAAGGGCCGGGAGCUAAAGGGUCGGGAGCUACAGGAGCUAAGGGCCAGGAGCUAAAGGGUCGGGAGCUACAGGAGCUAAAGGGUCAGGAGCUAAAGGGCCGGGAGCUACAGGAGCUAAAGGGCUGGGAGCUACAGGAGCUAAAGGGCUGGGAGCUACAGGAGCUAAAGGGCUGGGAGCUAAAGGGCCGGGAGCUAAAGGGCCGGGAGCUAAAGGGUCGGGAGCUAAAGGGUCGGGAGCUAAAGGGUCGGGAGCUAAAGGGUCGGGAGCUAAAGGGCCGGGAGCUAAAGGGCCAGGAGCUAAAGGGUCGGGAGCUAAAGGGCCAGGAGCUAAAGGGUCGGGAGCUAAAGGGCCAGGAGCUAAAGGGUCAGGAGCUAAAGGGCCGGGAGCUACAGGAGCUAAAGGGCUGGGAGCUACAGGAGCUAAAGGGCUGGGAGCUACAGGAGCUAAAGGGCUGGGAACUACAGGAGCUAAAGGGUCAGGAGCUAAAGGGCCGGGAGCUAAAGGGCCGGGAGCUAAAGGGUCAGGAGCUAAAGGGUCGGGAGCUAAAGGGUCGGGGUCGGGAGCUUAAGGGCCGGGAGCUAAAGGAUCGGGAGCUACAGGAGCUAAAGGCUACGGGAGGAGCUAAGGGCCAGGAGCUAAAGGGUCGGGAGCUAAAGGGUCGGGAGCUAAAGGGUCGGGAGCUAAAGGGCCGGGAGCUUAAGGAGCUAAAGGGUCAGGAGCUAAAGGGCCGGGAGCUAAAGGGCCAGGAGCUUAAGGGCCGGGAGCUACAGGAGCUAAAGGGCUGGGAGCUAAAGGGUCGGGAGCUUAAGGAGCUAAAGGGUCAGGAGCUAAAGGGCCGGGAGCUACAGGAGCUAAAGAGCCGGGAGCUACAGGAGCUAAAGGGCCGGGAGCUACAGGAGCUAAAGGGCCGGGAGCUACAGGAGCUAAAGGGUCGGGAGCUAAAGGGCCGGGAGCUACAGGAGCUAAAGGGUCAGGAGCUACAGGAGCUAAAGGGCCGGGAGCUACAGGAGCUAAAGGGUCGGGAGCUAAAGGGCCGGGAGCUAAAGGGCCGGGAGCUAAAGGGAGCUAAAGGAUCGGGAGCUACAGGAGCUAAAGGGUCGGGAGCUAAAGGGUCGGGAGCUAAAGGGUCGGGAGCUACAGGAGCUAAAGGUCGGGAGCUAAAGGGUCGGGAGCUAAAGGGUCGGGAGCUAAAGGGUCGGGAGCUAAAGGGUCGGGAGCUAAAGGAUCGGGAGCUACAGGAGCUAAAGGGCCGGGAGCUAAAGAGUCGGGAGCUAAAGGGUCGGGAGCUAAAGGGAGCUAAAGGGUCAGGAGCUAAAGAGCCGGGAGCUAAAGGGCCAGGAGCUAAGGGCCGGGAGCUACAGGAGCUAAAGGGCUGGGAGCUAAAGGGUCGGGAGCUUAAGGAGCUAAAGCGCCGGGAGCUACAGGAGCUAAAGGGCCGGGAGCUACAGGAGCUAAAGGGCCGGGAGCUACAGGAGCUAAAGGGCUGGGAGCUACAGGAGCUAAAGGGCCGGGAGCUACAGGAGCUAAAGGGUCAGGAGCUACAGGAGCUAAAGGGCUGGGAGCUACAGAAGCUAAAGGGCCGGGAGCUACAGGAGCUAAAGGGUCAGGAGCUAAAGGGCCGGAGAGCUAAAGGGCCGGGAGCUAAAGGGUCGGGAGCUAAAGGGUCGGGAGCUAAAGGGUCGGGAGCUAAAGGGCCGGGAGCUAAAGGGUCGGGAGCUAAAGGGCCAGGAGCUAAAGGGUCAGGAGCUAAAGGGCCAGGAGCUAAAGAGCCAGGAGCUAAAGGGUCAGGAGCUAAAGGAUCGGGAGCUACAGGAGCUAAAGGGUCGGGAGCUAAAGGGUCAGGAGCUAAAGGGUCGGGAGCUAAAGGGCCAGGAGCUAAAGCGCCAGGAGCUAAAGGGUCAGGAGCUAAAGGAUCGGGAGCUAAAGGGGCCGGAGCUAAAGGGCCGGGAGCUAAAGGGCCAGGAGCUAAAGCUAAAGGGCCGGGAGCUAAAGGGCCGGGAGCUAAAGGGCCGGGAGCUAAAGGGCCGGGAGCUAAAGGGCCAGGAGCUAAAGGGUCAGGAGCUAAAGGGCCAGGAGCUAAAGGGCAGGAGCUAAAGGGUCGGGAGCUAAAGGGCCAGGAGCUAAAGGGUCAGGAGCUACAGGAGCUAAAGGGCCAGGAGCUAAAGGAUCGGGAGCUACAGGAGCUAAAGGGCCAGGAGCUAAAGGGCCGGGAGCUAAAGGGCCGGGAGCUAAAGGGCCGGGAGCUAAAGGAUCGGGAGCUACAGGAGCUAAAGGGCCAGGAGCUAAAGAGCCAGGAGCUAAAGGGCCAGGAGCUUAAGGGCCGGGAGCUUAAGGGCCAGGAGCUAAAGGGCCGGGAGUUACAGGAGCUAAAGGGUCAGGAGAUAAAGGGUCAGGAGCUAAAGGGCCGGGAGCUAAAGGGUCGGGAGCUAAAGGGUCGGGAGCUAAAGGGCCGGGAGCUAAAGGACCAGGAGCUAAAGGAUCGGGAGCUACAGGAGCUAAAGGGCCAGGAGCUAAAGGGUCAGGAGCUAAAGGGCCAGGAGCUACAGGAGCUAAAGGGCCAGGAGCUAAAGGGCCAGGAGCUAAAGGGCCGGGAGCUAAAGGGCCAGGAGCUAAAGGGCCAGGAGCUACAGGAGCUAAAGGGUCAGGAGCUAAAGGGUCAGGAGCUAAAGGGUCGGGAGCUAAAGGGCCGGGAGCUAAAGGGCCGGGAUCUAAAGGGCCGGGAGCUAAAGGGCCAGGAGCUAAAGGGCCAGGAGCUAAAGGGCCAGGAGCUAAAGGGCCAGGAGCUAAAGGGCCAGGAGCUAAAGGGCCAGGAGCUAAAGGGCCAGGAGCUAAACCGCCAGGAGCUAAAGGGCCAGGAGCUAAAGGGCCGGGAGCUAAAGGGCCGGGAGCUAAAGGGCCAGGAGCUAAAGGGCCGGGAGCUACAGGAGCUAAAGGGUCAGGAGCUAAAGGGUCAGGAGCUAAAGGGUCAGGAGCUAAAGGGUCAGGAGCUAAAGGGAGCUAAGGGCCAGGAGCUAAAGGGUCGGGAGCUAAAGGGCCGGGAGCUUAAGGAGCUAAAGGGUCAGGAGCUAAAGAGCCGGGAGCUAAAGGGCCAGGAGCUUAAGGGCCGGGAGCUACAGGAGCUAAAGGGCUGGGAGCUAAAGGGUCGGGAGCUAAAGGGUCGGGAGCUUAAGGAGCUAAAGGGCCGGGAGCUACAGGAGCUAAAGGGCCGGGAGCUACAGGAGCUAAAGGGCCGGGAGCUACAGGAGCUAAAGGGCUGGGAGCUACAGGAGCUAAAGGGCCGGGAGCUACAGGAGCUAAAGGGUCAGGAGCUACAGGAGCUAAAGGGCUGGGAGCUACAGAAGCUAAAGGGCCGGGAGCUACAGGAGCUAAAGGGUCAGGAGCUAAAGGGCCGGGAGCUAAAGGGCCGGGAGCUAAAGGGUCGGGAGCUAAAGGGUCGGGAGCUAAAGGGUCGGGAGCUAAAGGGUCGGGAGCUAAAGGAUCGGGAGCUACAGGAGCUAAAGGGCCGGGAGCUAAAGGGCCGGGAGCUAAAGGGCCGGGAGCUAAAGGGUCGGGAGCUAAAGGGUCGGGAGCUAAAGGGCCGGGAGCUAAAGGGUCGGGAGCUAAAGGAUCGGGAGCUACAGGAGCUAAAGGGUCGGGAGCUAAAGGGAGCUAAAGGGUCGGGAGCUAAAGAGUCGGGAGCUAAAGGCCGGGAGCUAAAGGGUCGGGAGCUACAGGAGCUAAAGGGCCAGGAGAUAAAGAGCCGGGAGCUAAAGGGCCAGGAGCUAAAGGGUCAGGAGCUAAAGGGCCGGGAGCUAAAGGGCCGGGAGCUAAAGGGCCGGGAGCUAAAGGGCCGGGAGCUAAAGGGUCGGGAGCUAAAGGGCCAGGAGCUAAAGGGUCAGGAGCUAAAGGGCCAGGAGCUAAAGAGCCAGGAGCUAAAGGGUCAGGAGCUAAAGGGUCAGGAGCUAAAGGGUCAGGAGCUAAAGGGCCAGGAGCUAAAGAGUCGGGAGCUAAAGGGCCAGGAGCUAAAGGGUCAGGAGCUACAGAAGCUAAAGGGCCAGGAGCUAAAGAAUCGGGAGCUACAGGAGCUAAAGGGCCGGGAGCUAAAGUGCCGGGAGCUAAAGGGCCGGGAGCUAAAGGGCCGGGAGCUAAAGGAUCGGGAGCUACAGGAGCUAAAGGUCCAGGAGCUAAAGGGCCAGGAGCUAAAGGGCCAGGAGCUUAAGGGCCGGGAGCUUAAGGGCCAGGAGCUAAAGGGCCGGGAGUUACAGGAGCUAAAGGGUCAGGAGCUAAAGGGCCGGGAGCUAAAGGGUCGGGAGCUAAAGGGCCGGGAGCUAAAGGGCCAGGAGCUAAAGGAUCGGGAGCUACAGGAGCUAAAGGGCCAGGAGCUAAAGGGCCAGGAGCUAAAGGGCCAGGAGCUAAAGGGCCAGGAGCUAAAGGAACAGGAGCUAAAGGGCCAGGAGCUAAAGGGCCGGGAGCUAAAGGGCCAGGAGCUAAAGGGCCGGGGGCUACAGGAGCUAAAGGGUCAGGAGCUAAAGGGUCAGGAGCUAAAGGGUCAGGAGCUAAAGGGCCAGGAGCUAAAGAGCCGGGAGCUAAAGGGCCGGGAGCUAAAGGGCCAGGAGCUAAAGGGCCAGGAGCUAAAGGGCCAGGAGCUAAAGGGCCAGGAGCUAAAGGGCCAGGAGCUAAAGGAUCGGGAGCUAAAGGGUCGGGAGCUAAAGGGCCGGGAGCUAAAGGACCAGGAGCUAAAGGGCCAGGAGCUAAAGGAUCAGGAGCUACAGGAGCUAAAGGGCCAGGAGCUAAAGGGCCAGGAGCUAAAGGGCCAGGAGCUAAAGGGCCAGGAGCUAAAGAGCCAGGAGCUAAAGGGCCAGGAGCUAAAGAGCCGGGAGCUAAAGGGCCAGGAGCUAAAGAGCCGGGGGCUACAGGAGCUAAAGAGUCAGGAGCUAAAGGGUCAGGAGCUAAAGGGUCAGGAGCUAAAGGGCCAGGAGCUAAAGGGCCAGGAGCUAAAGGGCCAGGAGCUAAAGGGCCAGGAGCUAAAGGGCCAGGAGCUAAAGAGCCGGGAGCUAAAGGGCCAGGAGCUAAAGGGCCGGGGGCUACAGGAGCUAAAGGGUCAGGAGCUAAAGGGUCAGGAGCUAAAGAGCCAGGAGCUAAAGAGCCGGGAGCUAAAGGGCCGGGAGCUAAAGGGCCAGGAGCUAAAGGGCCGGGAGCUAAAGGAUCGGGAGCUAAAGGGCCAGGAGCUAAAGGGCCAGGAGCUAAAGGAACCAGCACUGGAGGGUCCAGUGUGUCCCGGCCGGGCUCAACACCUUCCAGAACAGGUGACCACAGACCUACUGGACCACAGACCUACAGGACCACAGACCUACAGGACCACAGACCUACAGGAGCACAGACCUACAGGACCACAGACCUACAGGACCACAGACCCACAGGACCACAGACCUACAGGACCACAGACCUACUGGACCACAGACCUACAGGAGCACAGACCUACAGGAGCACAGACCUACAGGACCACAGACCUACUGGACCACAGACCUACAGGACCACAGACCUACUGGACCACAGACCUACAGGAGCACAGACCUACAGGACCACAGACCUACAGGACCACAGACCCACAGGACCACAGACCUACAGGACCACAGACCUACUGGACCACAGACCUACAGGAGCACAGACCUACAGGAGCACAGACCUACAGGACCACAGACCUACUGGACCACAGACCUACAGGACCACAGACCUACUGGACCACAGACCUACAGGAGCACAGACCUACAGGAGCACAGACCUACAGGAGCACAGACCUACAGGACCACAGACCUACAGGAGCACAGACCUACUGGACCACAGACCUACAGGACCACAGACCUACAGGAGCACAGACCUACAGGACCACAAACUCACAGGACCACAAACUCACAGGACCACAAACUCACAGGACCACAGACCUACAGGACCACAGACCUACAGGACCACAGACCUACAGGACCACAGACCUACAGGACCACAGACCCACUGGACCACAGAUCUACAGGACCACAGACCUACAGGAGCACAGACCUACAGGACCACAGACCCACUGGACCACAGACCUACAGGAGCACAGACCUACAGGACCACAGACCCACUGGACCACAGACCUACAGGAGCACAGACCUACAGGACCACAGACCUACAGGACCACAGACCUACAGGACCACAGACCCACAGGACCACAGACCUACAGGACCACAGACCUACAGGACCACAGACCUACAGGACCACAGACCCACAGGACCACAGACCUACAGGACCACAGACCUACUGGACCACAGACCUACUGGACCACAGACCUACAGGAGCACAGACCUACAGGACCACAGACCUACAGGAGCACAGACCUACAGGAGCACAGACCUACAGAACCACAGACCCACUGGACCACAGAUCUACAGGAGCACAGACCUACAGGACCACAGACCUACAGGAGCACAGACCUACAGAACCACAGACCUACUGGACCACAGACCUACUGGACCACAGACCUACAGGACCACAGACCUACAGGACCACAAACUGACAGGACCACAGACCUACAGGACCACAGACCUACAGGACCACAGACCUACAGGAGCACAGACCUACAGAACCACAGACCCACUGGACCACAGAUCUACAGGACCACAGACCUACAGGAGCACAGACCCACUGGACCACAGACCUACAGGAGCACAGACCUACAGGACCACAGACCUACUGGACCACAGACCACAGACCUACAGGACCACAGACCUACAGGACCACAGACCAUAGACCUACAGGACCACAGACCUACAGGACCACAGACCAUAGACCUACAGGACCACAGACCUACAGGAGCACAGACCACAGACCUACAGGACCACAGACCACAGACCUACAGGACCACAGACCUACAGGACCACAGACCACAGACCUACAGGACCACAGACCUACAGGAGCACAGACCUACAGGACCACAGACCUACAGGACCACAGACCUACAGGACCACAGACCUACAGGACCACAGACCUACUGGACCACAAACUCACAGGACCACAAACUCACAGGACCACAAACUCACAGGACCACAAACUCACAGGACCACAGACCUACAGGACCACAGACCUACAGGACCACAGACCUACAGGACCACAGACCUACAGGACCACAGACCUACAGGAGCACAGACCACAGACCUACAGGACCACAGACCUACAGGACCACAGACCCACUGGACCACAGAUCUACAGGACCACAGACCUACAGGAGCACAGACCACAGACCUACAGGACCACAGACCUACAGGACCACAGACCCACUGGACCACAGAUCUACAGGACCACAGACCUACAGGACCACAGACCUACAGGACCACCGACCUACAGGACCACAGACCUACAGGACCACAGACCUACAGGACCACCGACCUACAGGACCACAGACCACAGACCUACAGGACCACAGACCUACAGGACCACAGACCUACAGGACCACAGACCUACAGGACCACAGACCUACAGGACCACAGACCUACAGGACCACCGACCUACAGGACCACAGACCAUAG